UCGUUUUGUGUCACUUUGCGCCCCCUUCGCUCUCAGCACUCCGCUCUCCUCUCUCCUCUCAACUUCUGCUCUCUGCUUCAAACUUCCAACUUACCAUUUUACCCUCCGCUGACGCCCUAAUUACCCAUCCAACCAACAUCCCAAAGCAAAUUACACACAGCACGCAAGGAUAAUAAUCUUCCAUUUCGACAGAAUUCAGCUGAACCCGUCGUUUUGGAGCUCGAAAUCGAACCGGCGGAGCUCGAAUUCGAAGCUAUCGAUGGCAAUGUCGGUGGCCAGUAAGCUUCAAUCUCCGACUUGCGAGCCACGAGCCGUACUCGGUCCCGGCGGGAACAGAGUUAGGGUUUUGGAGGGCCCGAAACGCAAAGACGACGGCGCGAAGAAGCCGCCGCAGCAGACACCGAGGCCAAGAAAACCUGUACCUGAAUUGCCGGAACCGGUGGUGCGGAGCGACGUUUCGGUGGACAGCACGUGCUCUUCGGACACGUCGUCGAGCGGUUACUCUGCGAAGACGGCGAGCCCUGGAAAGAUUGUGAGGCGUAAGAGCUUGAGGCCGGCGAAGGUUGCUUCCGACGAUGCCGAGGUGGCCAAGCCCGCCGGUCCGCUGAAACGGUGCGAUUGGAUUACACCUCACGCUGAUCCGAUUUAUACUUGUUUCCACGACGAAGAAUGGGGGGUUCCAGUGUAUGACGAUAAGAAGCUGUUUGAACUGCUUGUCCUUUCACAAGCUCUCGCGGAACUCAGCUGGCCGGAAAUACUACGCAAGAGAGAUAUAUUCAGGAAACUUUUUGACAAUUUUGAUCCGUCCUCCAUUGCAAAGUUUGAUGAGAAGAAAUUGCUGUCUCUCAAAGUGCUGUCCGAACAAAAGCUUCGUGCAAUUGAGGAGAAUGCCAAACAAAUGCUCAAGGUUCAGCAGGAGUUUGGUUCCUUCAGUAACUACUGCUGGAGCUUUGUGAACCACAAGCCCGUAAGGAAUGGAUUCCGUUAUGCACGUCAAGUGCCGGUGAAGUCCCCAAAAGCUGAAGCCAUAAGCAAAGAUUUGAUGAAGAGAGGCUUCCGCUGUGUCGGGCCUACUGUCAUUUACUCAUUUAUGCAAGUGGCGGGGAUUGUGAACGAUCAUCUCGCAACAUGCUUCCGGUUCAAGGAAUGCAAUGCAAAUGCCAAAGCAGACUCGAAACAUAAGAUUGAGAAGACAGGAGAAGAUGACACUAAACUAACCGAAGCUAUGAAGAUCGGAGACCAGAAAUGACCAAAUUGACUGAGCCAAACUUCGCUAAUCGCACGACAUCUACAUAAUUUAGAAGUUACUGUAAGAAGGUGAAAAAUCAGAUGUUUUCUAGUAGUUUUUGCAUGCUUUUAUCAUGUCUGUGUCAUUAAACUAACUAGGUAAGAAUGUUAUGCUUGCACAGUUGUAUCUAAAAACUUCUCAUCCUUUGUAAUUUGCUCUUCAUUUAGUGUCCUGUAAUAAAUAUCCACUAUUGUUUUGGUGUAUUGCUUUCAA